AUGACAUAUUUUACCAAGAAAUACGAUUUUGAAGCAUACGGAAGACAUGUACAGUCAUGGAAAAGCUGCAAAACAGGUCUCCAGGAAAACUUGUACUUGCCACAGAAAGCAAUUCUUAAUGAUUCUGGAUGUCCACAUACACUCGAACAUUUAGUGUUUCUUGGCAGUAAAACGUAUCCAUAUAAAGGAAUUUUAGAUUCUUUAGCAAACCGUUCUUUUGCACAGGGUACAAAUGCAUGGACAGACACAGAUCAUACAGCAUAUACAAUUAGUACGGCAGGAGCAGAAGGGUUUUUACAAAUUCUUCCUAUAUUUGUUGAUCAUAUUCUUUUUCCUACACUUACAUACGAUGGGUUUUAUACAGAGGUUUAUCAUAUUGAUGGAAAAGGGAAUGAUGCAGGAGUUGUAUAUUGUGAAAUGCAGGUGAUUGUUUUAAUAAACAAUAUAUUUUUGUAUAAUACAGAGAAGGGACACGAAAAUACAAUAGGGGAUUUACAAUCAAUAUAUUUUAAUCGUGCUCUUUUUCCUGAAGGAAUUGGGUAUAGAAGUCAUACAGGAGGAAAAUUAGAAUCAUUAAGAACAUUAAAUAUCGAAACAAUUCGGAAAUAUCAUUCAGAAUACUAUCUUCCUCAAAAUUUAUGUCUUAUUAUCACGGGAAAGGUUGAUACAUGCAAGCUUUUUCGUGUACUUGAUGAAAUUAUCGAACCUAAUAUUCUUAAAAAUCUUACACCAGAUCUAGUUCAUUGGAAAAGACCAUGGGUUGAUUCAAUGAAAACCCCACCCUUAGUAGAAUCAUAUAAAGAAAUUGUUCCUUUUCCUGAUGAAGAUGAAAGUGCAGGAGAAGUUCUUUUAGGAUGGCUUGGUCCUUCGGCUAAUGAUUUUACUGUAUUAACAGCAUUAAAUAUUUUAGGGAAAUAUCUAACUGACUCUGCAAUUUCUAUAUUACAAAGAGAGCUUGUAGAGAUUCAAGAUCAAUUUUGUUCAGACAUUUCUUUUUCAACAGUUAGUCGUUUGCCGAGUGUUAUAUAUUUAAAUUUAUAUGGUGUACCAACAGAAAAAUUAGAGAAAAUAGAAGAACAAAUUUUUAAAAUUUUAAACAAAAUCAAAAAUUGUCCUGAAAAUUUUGACAUCAAUCGAAUAAAUAUGAUUAUAUUCAGAGAAAAACUUGCGAUUAUAGAUGAAAAUGAGACAGAUCCUCAUAAUAUUUUUUCUAAUGCAAUUAUUACCGACUUUUUGUACGGCGAUUAUUCUAAAGAUACUUUAAAAAGAUCAUUACGGAAUUGUGAAGAAUAUGAAAGUCUAAAAUCAUGGACAAUAGCACAGUGGCUAUCUCUUUUGGAUACAUGGCUUAUUCAAAAUUUCCACGUAUGUAUAAUAUCUAAAGCUUCAGCUGAAUUAUCAUCAAAAUUACAAGAAAAAGAAAAAUUAAGGAUAAAAAAUAGAAAGGAAAAACUUGGAGAGGAAAAACUUAAAAAACUAGAAGAACAAUUAAAAAUAUCGCAAGAAAAAAAUAAUACACCGUUUCCUUUGACUAUAUUAUCAGAUUAUAAAAAUCCAAAUGUUAAAAAUAUAAAUUUUAUUACAAGUGUCUCUGCAAAAGCAGUAAAAUAUAUUGAUAAGGAUUCGCAAGAAAAAAUACCUCUUUAUUUACAUUUUAAUCAUAUUGAUUCAGAAUUUGUAAGCAUUCAAGCAUAUAUUUCUUCAGAAUGCAUAGAUUCAGAACUUAAACCAUAUCUUGGGAUUUAUCUUGAUAAUUUUUUUCUAAACGGAAUCAUUCGUACUGACGGAACAGAAUUAACUUACGAAGAGGUAGUAAGAUUAUUAGAAAAUGAAACAGUCGAUUAUAGUGCAACAUGGGGAGUAUCUGGAACAUUUUUGGAAAUGAUAACUAUUCAAAUUAAAGUUGAAAUACAAAAUUACAAAAAAGGGAUUUUAUUAUUAAAAGAUUUGCUUUGCCAAAGUGUUUUUGAUCCUGAAAGGCUUAUGAUUUUUGUAAUUAAAUCAUUAAAUGAUAUUCCACAAGAAAAAAGAAAUGGAAACAAGAUAUGCUGGGCUUCAAUGAGAAUGUAUCAAUUAGAUAAGAAUCGAUCUACAUCUAGAGCAGUAAAUAUACUUACACAAAUGAAUUUCCUUGUAGAGUUAAAAAAACAAUUGGAGAAAGAACCAAAUGUAAUAGUUAAAAAAUUUCAAGUUAUACAAGAACAAAUUUCUAAACCUGAAAAUAUUUAUUUCCAAAUAAUUUCGAAUAUUCCACAUUUAGAACAUCCAGUAUCGUCUUGGAAAUCUUUUUGCAAUCAAAAAAAAGAUGAUAUUGAAAUGUUACGAAUUCCAUUUAAGAAAUUUAUGUUAACAGAAGAAGGGCAAUCUCCAUCCGGAAUAGCUCAUAUAAUAUCUUUACCUACCGUUGAAAGCUCAUAUUCAGUUCAUGCUUCAAAAUUGUUCUCAGAUUUCAAUCAUAAAGACUUUCCUGCUUUCAUUCUUCUCUUAUCUUAUCUUAAUAUUAUGGAGGGUAUACUUUGGAAACACAUAAGAGGAAAUGGAUUAGCAUAUGGGAUAAGCUUUAAAACUGAUAUAGAAUCAGGACUUUUUUAUUGCUCUAUUUAUUCAUCUCCGAAUGCAUUUAAUGCAUGGAAAAAAAUACGAGAUAUCAUAAAUGACAUAGCAAAUAAAAAGAUACAUUUUGAUGAAAAUAUGGUAAUUAAUGCAAAAAGUUCUCUUGUUUAUGAUAUUGUUUCUGCAAAUGCUACUCCUUUUUAUACGGCACAAGAAUCUUUUGUUUCUCAAGUUAUAAAAAAUCAACCAGAAAAUAAAAGUUUUCAAUUAAUUAAAGAUGUAUCGAAUGUUACAAUUAUUGAAUUAUAUGAUGUUCUUAAUCGAUAUCUAGUAAAUUUAUUUGAUCCUAAAACAUCAGAUUCAUUUAUAGUUAGCGCUCCUUCAAAAUCAAUUGAAAUAAUAGAAGGAUUUUCUAAUGUAGGGUACCAUACAGUAAAAAAAACUUUAAACGAUUAUUAA